CCAUGGAAUUAUAAUGGAUAAACCUUUCGACAGGCCCUAGCGAUUAUGAAAACAACCUUUGCCCCUUGCCAGUUGAGCGACUGAACGAAGGCGUCGAAGUAGAUCCAAUCUAGACUCUAGAUCUAGAUUAUAAUUAUAUUCUAGAGUGGAUCUAUCUAUAUACUUAUAUAGUUUAGAUCAAGUUUUGACUAGAUUGUGACUAGAUCUAUUUUUUUUUUAUCAGGGAUCUAAUAGGCCGAUAAACUAUCAUCAAAUCAUCUAUUAUUAUAUUUUUUAUUAUACCGACAAGUCACAAUACACUUAAUACAGUUGCAGUUCAGUGUGAGCCUGUGACUGUGUGUGAGAGAGUGUGACAAUACAAUAUAGAUCUAGUUCUAGACGUCUACUUACAGUCAUACUCACUUAGAUUCCAGAUACUGUCAGUGACAGUGUCAAUAGAUUCUAGAAUAGUAGUCAAUAGUUAAAUAUGAUAUAGUACUAGUCUAGAUCUACUAUUACAUUGAGAAUCUACUAAAAUAAUAUGAAUUAUGAAUCUAUUGUCAGUAUUGUUAUAAUUGUAAAUUCUAUGAUUCAUUGAUUUGAAUCUUGAGUUUGAUUAUUUGUCAUGAUGGCUGUAUUGGACAGUCUGACUUUAUGGCAGUUCAUAAUUAUUUUCCUAUUACUUGUGAUACCUGUGGCCUAUCAGCUUUCUGGCACUUUUAAAUAUUAUUUCAAAUUACUGAUUUAUCAUACCCUUACAAUUUUGAUUGGGUUAGGAGUUUGUUUUUAUGCUUUACCAAGAGGAAGAAAUACAAAGAAUCAUAAUUUUGUGACUGGAUGUGUCAAGCUGUUCCUAUGGAGAGCUGUAGGUGUCAAAGUGCUCAUAAGAGGUCAAGAAAUACUGGAGAAAGAUGAGCCUGCUGUCAUUGUAGUUAACCAUCAAAGCUCUUUAGAUAUGAUUCCACUGUUUACCUUUUGGCCAGAAAACUGUGUCAGUCUUGCCAAGAGAGAGUUAUGGUUGACUGGGCCUUUUGGGCUAGGUGCCUGGCUAUGUGGUACAAUCUACAUCAACAGGCUUGAUCAUCAGAGUGCACGUAAGACAAUGGAGACAGCAGCUGAAUUAAUAAUUAAGAAAAAGCUCAAAGUAGCAAUUUUUCCAGAAGGAACUCGCAACUAUAAUGGAUCUAUGUUGCCAUUCAAAAAAGGUGCUUUUCACCUCGCUGUGACAGGACAGGUACCUAUAAUCCCAGUGGUGUUCUCUUCCUAUGACAAGUUUUACAGUAAAAAUGAUAAAAGAUUUGAUGAGGGCAAUGUCCUUGUUGAGGUUUUACCUCCUAUUCCCACCACUGGUCUUAAGACUGAGGAUGUGGCUACACUCACAGAAACCACCAGGAAUCAGAUGCUGGCAUGCUUUGAUCGCAUCAGCCAGGAAAUGAAGUAACCUGGAGAGCUGGACUCUGUGUUUGAUGCUAUGUUCUGUCCUGCUUUUUUCUUUUUCACUCAAUUUUUUUUAGAAAAAGCAUUAUCUUACAGACAGCUUGUUGAAUAUCUGUUGUGUCAAUGUAUAUAAUAGUAUCAAGUUUGACAAGAGCAGUCCAAUAUUAUGAAUGCUACUUUAUAUAUAUAUAUGUUUAGCUUGUGUGAUAUAAGCGUUGCUGAGUGUAAAGGAGAAAAAAAAAAGAACUGAAUGGAUCUGAUAACUUACAUUAUUUCUUGAAUAGUAUUUCUCCUACAACCUUGUUUGAACUCAAACUAUGGAAUCUAUUUGUGAUUGUUAACAUGAUAGUUCCUUACAUAUUGCAAAGGGAUAUUUUUUAACACUUAUAAAAGGACUAGAAAAUGUUUUAGAAGUAGAAAAAAAAAUUAACUAGUUUUUGUUUAACAGCUUUUUAUAUUAUCUAAAAGUUUAGUUAAACAAAAUUCAAAAUCCAGCAUGGAAAUGAAAAUUAAUAAAGAUAAACAUUUCUUUAAGUAUUUCUGAGUUAUUUCAAAAAAAAAAUUAAAUUUUAAAAAUUCCUAGAUGUAAGUUAGAAUAUUCUCAUUCAGAAGUCAGAUAAAUUUAUUAAAAAGGCAUUUGGCAUUAUUUUGCUUUUUUUUUUUUAAGAAUUGAGCUUAGCAAACAGAAAAAUAUUAUAACCUUGUUAACCAAUAAAACUUGAAACAUCUUAUUGAAAGAUGUUUAAAGUAAAGGCUUGCAUAUUUUGUUUAGAAAUCCACUGACAUUAACUUCUAUACACAUUUCUUUUCUUGGACUUAAGCUUGAUUUUUAAAUUGCCUACAUACCCCCAUUAUAUCGAUUUUUAUCAAACAGAAAAUCAAACAUUUACAAAACACUAUUUCUCUGACAAUUAAAGAAAAUAAAUUUAUGAUCUUGAUUGAGCUGAUUAAGUUAUAUCAGGAAAGAUCAACUUUUUUGUAUGCAUGUGGAAAUUGCAGCAAAGAAAUGAAAGUGUCUAAUGGAUGUAUAAAAACUGGUGAAAUCAAGUCCUCCCCUGCUAGAUUCUUUAGCAGUCAAGUGUUUUUAUUCAUGACAAAAUGAUUGUCUUUCAUAUUUUAUCUAUUUACAUUUUUAUUCCUUGAAUGAGUCAGACUUGAUAAAUAUUUUAUCUCUGCUGUAUUCAUGUGCUGCAUAAGUAAUGUUAUCAGACCUUAGUGAUCAGUUUUUCUUUUUGUAUCAUGGUUGUAUAAUUCAUUAGAACAACAAUCAGUAUUUGAAAUGUGCUCGAUAAACUUACGCAGAUUGUAUUAUACGUAUUGAGUUGUUUCUAUGUCUAUUAUUUUAUCAAACAUUCAUGCUGAUGAAUUUAUUGUCUUAUGUUUUGUAACGACUCAAUGAGUUGUUUUUAAAGAAAAUUUCUUGGUGCUGUAGACUUCGAGAGGAUGGAUCACAUUCUUUAGAGUGAAAACAAACUCACAAAACUAAAUCUUCUUUCUAGUAUUUAAAAUUGGAAAUUAAAACAAAUUCAGUAUCUAAUUCAGCAACAAGUGUAAUGCAGGUCCAAGAUCUGAUGGUCAGAUGUUUUAAUGGUGUUUGUUAAACAUUUGUUUGAUAGCUUUCAUAUCUUAAGGUACUAACGUUAAGAGUAGCAGUGUUUUUGUUUUGUGUCAUAAAUUUUUUUUUUUUCAAAUAUAUUGUCUGAUGUUGACAAUAAUUGAAACUUUUAUCAAGCUAGUGAUGUUUAAUGCGUGUACAGGGUUACCAGAAUCAUUCUUCAUUAAAAUGACUUGAAAAAAAAAUGGGUCGAGCAUUGAAUUUAUUAUCAAAGAAGAGUAUUUAUAUGAAGUGACAAUUAAGUGCUCUCUCAUGUCCAUGAAGCCAAAAGAACAGUUUCAUAGUUUGUUUUUAUUUACAUUGUCAUAAAAAAUGCAGUAGAAAAUUGUAUGAACUAUUGUCUCAAUGUUCUUAAGUAGAGCAACACAUUUGUCAACAAACCAUACCAAAUGUUUUGUUCCAUUGUAAACUAUAAACAGAGUUUCAUUUUCUGGUGUUUAUACUUUGUUUUUGAGCUUCAACUUCUUUUUUUUUUUUUUUUUUUUUUUGCUACAAAGUACAUUAUUGAAUCAUAAAUUGAUAAUAAAUAAAGAAAAAAAAUAUCUGCUUUUAUUCAACACUUGUCAAUUGUUUAGUAAAAAAAUAAAUUAGUCUUUUUACACUAUCAAAUCAUUUACACUUGAUCAUUUGUUUGAACACUCUCAGUAUAUAUAUAUAUAUAUAUAUAUAUGUAUAAAUGUCAGCUCUGUCUAGGAAUAUUUCACUGUUACCUUUUGAAUUUCUUAAACUUGCAUUGAAAAAGCAUUCUGUAAAAUUUGGACAAGUUCAAUGUACCAUUUUUAUAGCAAUUUGUUUUUUUUUACAUUUAAUGUUUCACUUUAGAAUUACAGACAAGACCUUUAUUUUUAUAAAAAUGUUUUGCUCAGACCAAUUCUAUUAAGAUGGCACAUGUAUGUGAUAUCAAUUAUAUGGCACUAAAAACUGGUUCAGAUUUGAAAGCAUCAGUUGUGUUCAAUGAGAUAGGCCACAUGCUGGUCUGGCUUUGUUUCUUUAAUAAAGAUGUAUUAUGAAUCAAGUGAAGAAACCCAUAUUGCAUGUAUAAAUUUACCAUAGAACUGUACACCAGUAUACUUUCUACAUUUGUUUUCUCUCUUUCUCAUUCCUUGGAAAGUAAAAGAAACAAAUCCAGAACCUUGUAGACAUAAACAACUUUACUUUGUGGAACUGAGUACUCAUUGAAGUCUAGGAAAUAUAUUUGAAAAGGGGGGGGGGUCGCAAAAUGUUUUAUUGCCAACUUUGAAAAGGGGAAAAAAAGUUUUAUGACGCCAAUUCUUUAUUGAUUUGUUAGAAAAGUUAAGUUUUUUUUUUUUUAAUCUGUUAGUUUUUUUUUAAUAAUAUUUGACAGUUUUAUCUUUAAUUACUAAUUAUAUGUAAGAUUUGGAAGCCAAGUCGUUGUGCAAGGGGAAAUAAUUUUGACUUAAUUACAUAGUUGUUAAUUAAACUGUAACAUUUUCUUUUUGGAUUGAAAGAUGUUUCUAGCAGGUGACUUAAGUUUCCCUGUUUCAAUGGCUUACACUUUACAGUAUCUACAAAAAUGUUGUGUAGUCAGCAUGUUGACCCAACUGUCCUUUUUGGUGUUUAAAUUCCCAUCUGGUCUGGCUGGACUUAGAUCCAAAGUGUAACUUCUGAUCAGUCAGGCCAGUACUCACAAUGAGAUAUGUUGCACUUAUGCUGUACCUGAUCAUCAUACAACGUUUUACUCCAUGAGUACACUGUGGAUUUAUUGAAAAGUCUGACAGUUGGCCUUGAAGUUGUUGACUAGAUCCAAUGUAGACUUGUACAUGUCUGAUUUAAUAUAUAUUGAAGUGAUAAUGUUAUAAUAGUUAUAGUGCUAAGUAUUUCCUUUCCAAUUUGAUUUUUCACUUUUAAAUUUGGUAAGUUAAACACUUUUUUUAAAACAAUUGUUUUAUUAUGCCAGAUUUAUUUUUAUUUUGGCUAUAAAUUCAAUACUUGAAUAAAAAAAUAAAACAUUUUUACUUGAA